CCUAACCAGGCUCUUGUGCACGUUGCAGGCUUGAAACGAGAUUCAGGAGUUAUUCUGUCCCCUCAAGGAAGUCUGGAAACUGUAACCCUGAAGGGGUUAAAUCGCAAGGAUUCUAGCAGAGCAGCCUUCCCCAACCGGGUGCCCUCCAGAGGUGUCGACUGACAUGGCCCUAUGAUGCUGGGGCUGAAGGGAGUUACAGUCUGAAACGUCUGCAGGGCAUCAGGAUGGCUAAGCCUGUGGACAAAGCACCUUCGCACCAUCCACUUCCUCGGGGUGCUGGUGGGGCCGAGUCAAUGGCUUUCCGCUCUAAGGAUGUUUGAUCUUCCUUGUUUCAUUCAAAGUGUUUUCUUGCCCCUCUCUUCAGCGAGAAGGGGGACAAAAGGGCUCCCAGCGCAGCUUAUGUAAGAUCAAGGCAAACCAAACAAAAGAGCCCCUGUCCUUCGGCUUACCGUCUCAGAGACACAAGAAACAAAAUGGAUUGGGGGGGGGGUCGGGGAGCAAACCAAAGCACCCAUUCUUAAAGCUAGAGAAUUCAGAUAAGGACCAGCUGAGAUGGGAGCAGCUCAACCAGAAGAGGAGACAAAAGAGUUGGUCUCAUGUUAGAGCCGAUGGAGUAUCCUGCUUCCUGCCUCUCCCUCUGCUGAAGGCGGAUGGAACGGCUCCUGCGGGGAGACAGAUGAAGGAAAGAGCCAAGAGCAUGUACACACCUUGCAUUUAAAGGACCUUUGACAGACUACAGUUCCCAGGUUUCUCCGGGGAAAGCCUUGCCUGUUGCCCUGCAUCCCUUCCCUCCCUUGGCUUUCUCGCCUGAUGGGAUGGCUGCUAUCUGUUGACAGUCAAGGAAAGUCUCUCAGCAGAGCUGACAAAGUAGCUGUGCUUUCCUCUUCUCCCUUCGCUCUGCAGCCUGAUGGAAUGACUGCUGUUGGUGAUAGUUUUUAGAUAGCAGCAGGAUAGCUGAGGAAGCUUUUCAGAGAAUCCACUGUCCUUUUCCUAACUGCUGAACCUGCUCCAACGCUGGAAGGAAGAUGCUGCCCCAGAUAAUGGCUGUGGUGGCCCUGGGUAUCCUACAGUUGCCUCACAGCAACUCCCAGGGCUGCCUAAGUGACCAGCAAGUUUCCAGUGCCAUCCGGCAGAUGCAGAAGCUGCUGUCUUCACAUGAGGCUGCCCAGCUGCAAAGCCUGCGCAACUUCAAAAAGCAGCUGGCCGUUUUGCAAGGCAGUCUCCACCAGCAGGCAGCCAAGCACAAUGAGAGCUGCACCCCCCUGCCAGCACCCUUGAACGGCCGGAGGCUGGGAAAGAGGACGUCCGUGGGUCACGAGGUACAUUUUGUCUGUGAUGCUGGUUUCCUCCUGGUGGGUGCUGAGACACGGGUGUGCCAGGAGAACCACAAGUGGAGCGGACAGCAGCCUGUCUGCAAAGGCAUCAACGAGUGUGCCAGCAACCCCUGUGCCAAUGGCGGGACCUGCGUGGAUGGCAUCCACCGCUACAGCUGCUUGUGCCCCAGUGGUUGGUCAGGCAGCACCUGCCAAGCCCCACUGUACUCCUAUUGGGCGACACUCAGCAACUCGUCGUUUAGCCGACAGCCCCGUUGCGCUGAGAAUUACCUGGGCUCACGCCAGUGCAGUUGCGACCCUGGCUUCCAGAUGCAGGCAGGAGGCCUCUGCCAAGAUAUCGAUGAGUGCAAGCUCUUCCAGACCAGCCGCCACACCCGCAUCUGCCUCCACAAAUGUGUGAACCUGCCUGGAGCCUAUCGGUGUACUUGUCCCCAUGGCUACCAGCUCCAGGGUGACACCAAUUCAUGCAACGAUGUGGACGAGUGCGUAGAGAACCAGCACAACUGCAGCCAGGGACAGACCUGCAUCAACGUCUUUGGGGGCUUCCGCUGUGUGCGGCCCGAAUGCCCCAAGGCCCAACUCAAUAUCAGCUACGUCAAGACUUCAGCCAUGCAGUGCGAGCGCAGCCCUUGUCCCAUGGAGAACAACGCCUGUCAGAGGGCGGCCAACUCCAUCUCGUUCCAUUACUUGCCUCUCCCGUCCAACCGCACUGUGCCCAGGGUCCUCUUCAAGAUGUCCACCAGCCGCUUUGUGGGAGACAGCCUGCGCUUCAGCAUCUUAGGGGGCAACAGCCAGGGGAAGCUGGUUGUGCAGCGCUUGGACCAGCACACAGGGGAACUGGUGCUCACCCGGCCAGCCGUGGGGCCGACGACACUGGAGGUGGAGCUGGAGAUGAGCGAGUUUGCCCGGAAGACCCUCCUGGGGAAACACAUCUUCAAGAUCACAGUCUUCGUUUCCCAGUACGAAUUCUGAGCUGCAUCCUCACCAGUCCCAUAGAAGAGCAUCAGCAGCUGUGGAGGAUGCAAGUCUGGCUUCCUCUGAAAUGCACUAGUCUGCUGCA